AUGUCUUUCUUCUCCCAAUUCCAACAAUACGCCGGAACCUUUGCAACAGUAGCAGCCAGUGCCAUCAUCGCUAGAGCCGUCGGCAUCAUGCAAUCAGACACCCGAGACGACCACUCAGGGCCAAGCCCGCAGGAGCCCGGGAAUUACAAGCCCUCGCACGUCGAUGUCAUCGUUGUCCGCGUCAUGCUCGAAAAGGCCUUCAACUUCCCUCCCGAAAUUCUAGACCUCAUCAUCGACCAGGCCGAAUACUGGCCGCAUUCCGAAGCCAGCAUCUACCACGCAGUAACUCCCCUCCGCGAUGCCCUCCGUGUAGUAGGCACCACCGGAGACGAGAACAAGUUCAUCCUGCGGUGUCCCCCCAUCGGAUUUCUCGACUUCAAAAAGGUCGGCCCGGCAUUCAAGACCGCGCCGCUGCCGCCCAAGUCGGGCGAUGGGUCCCCCGUUACGGAGCCGCUCCGUAACCUGACGCUCCUCGAACCCACCUCAAGCCCCACCGAGAUCGUCUCCGAAGCCCCGAGAGAAUACUUUACGGGGUCCAUGAAGGCGCCGCCCACUCUGACCCACCCGGUGCGGAAGAUCGUCUUCAAGUUGCGGAGUAAAGAUCAAGGUUGGGGUGGUGGACACGGUGAUCGUGGGUCCUACCGAGGAUCUUGGUCCUGGUUCGAGGCUGGCUUGGAGAAGUUCGACAAGGAGCGUACCUGCGAUGGAUCCUGCAAGAUAGCAGCGGAAAGCUCGGAUAGCGAGUCCGAAGAGGCACCCGUCAUCAGCGAAACGAACCUGUGCACCUGCGGCCUUCAGUCGAUAUAUCCCCCCGUCCUAGCGACCGCCGACGGGAAGCUUGCCUACUCCCAUGCUAUGCACCCGCUUGAGAACCUCAAAAUACAAACCAACAAGACUGCCAACAGGGACUUUAUGGACCAUGAGGUGGUAUGGUCUUGGACCGACGACAUCCACCCGGAGUCGCCCGAGGCCGACCGGCUAGCUGAGAUAGGUCGGGGCAAGGGCACAGGGACUGGAAAGUUCGUGCGCAAUUUGAAGCUGGGAGAUGUGGUCACGGUAUGGGGCAAGGCGAGGUUCGGUGGCUGGGCCAACUACGUGGAGAGCGUCAAGGUUGAGAUUUACUGGGCUGUUUGA